UCAUACUCGGAGGUAGAGAGUCAGAGCUGCUCGUCCGGCGGAUCUCAACCUCUGAAUCCAACCCCCGUGUCUUCUCUCAUCCUUCCCCUCUCCCCUUCUCGCUCACCCGGGUUGCUUUCUCUCCGGAGCCGCGGGAGCUUCUACGUCUUCUUUCUCUCGACUUCGGCCAACAGUUUGCUCUUUUUGGAUUUGGGUUUUUCUUCUUGGACGUUUUGACGAGUACUCGCUGCUGAUUUCACUCAGCACUGCUCCUCGCUGCUGCCGCUGCCGCCGCUGCUGCUUCUGCCGCCGCUGCCGCUUUUACGCACCGACGCUUAUUUUGGAUUUGCUCGGCAGCACCGCUGGAGAAAAACAGAGAAAGACAAUAAAAAGCAUAAAGCGAGGUGGAUCCGUGGAUGCGCCCCUUUGGCUCACGCUGGAGAUGGAAACGCUGAUAUUGUUAUUUCAUUCCCUGUGGAUAUUGCAAUGCAACACUGUGAGCGCCGACUCCAUCAUUCACAUCGGUGCGAUAUUUGAGGAGAAUGCAGUGCAGGAUGAUCAGGUGUUCCAGCUCGCCGUGUCUGACCUCAGUCUGAACGACGACAUCCUGCAGAGUGAGAAGAUCACACACUCGAUUAAACUCAUCGCGCCCAACAACCCUUUCCAGGCGGUGCAGGAAGCCUGUGAGCUGAUGAACCAGGGCAUCCUGGCGUUGGUGACCUCUACUGGCUGCGCCUCAGCGAGCGCCCUGCAGUCCCUGACGGACGCCAUGCACAUCCCACACCUGUACAUCCAGAGGAACAGCGAAGGAUCUCCUCGCACUGCCUGCCAGUUCAACCCGAGCCCCGGCGGGCAGCGCUACACGCUGGCCGCCCGGCCGCCCGUACGCCUCAACGACGUCAUGCUGACGCUGGUGGAGGAGCUGCGCUGGCAGAAGUUCAUCGUGUUUUAUGACAUCGAGUACGAUAUCCGCGGCCUGCAGGGUUUCCUCGAUCAGACGUCCCGCCAGGGUGUCGACGUGGCGUUGCAGAGAGUGGACAGGAACAUCAGUAAAAUCUUCACCAACCUCUUCACCACCAUGAGGACCGAGGAGCUCAAUCGGUACAGAGACACACUGAGGAGAGCCAUCCUGCUGCUCAGCCCACACGGAGCGCACACAUUUAUCCAGCAGGCAGUGGAAACAAAUCUGGCCUCCAAAGACAGUCACUGGGUGUUCGUCAACGAGGAAAUCAGCGACACAGAGAUCCUGGAGCUUACCCACAGUGCACUGGGGCGCAUGACGGUGAUCCGGCAGAUCUUCCCGUUGCUGAAGGACAGCAGCACCCGCUGCAUGAGGCAGAACCACCGGAUCUCCUCGCUGCUGUGUGACCCGCAGGAAGGACACCUGCAGAACCUGGAGGUGUCCAACCUGUACCUGUACGACAGCGUGCUGAUGCUUGCCAACGCCUUCUACAGGAAGCUGGAGGACAGGAAGUGGCACAGCAUGGCCAGCCUGAACUGCAUCAAGAAGUCCACCAAGCCCUGGAACGGAGGCUGGUCCAUGCUGGAGACCAUCCAGAAGGGAAAUAUCACAGGUCUGACGGGUACGAUGGACUUUAAGGACAACGGCUCCAACUCCCACGUCCAGUUUGAGAUCCUCGGCUCGAGCUUCAGCGAGACCUUCGGCAAGGACAUCAAGAGGCUCGCCACGUGGGACUCGGUUCACGGCCUGAACGGCAGCCUGAAGGAGAGCCGGAUAGAGAACGGCAUGCAGGGAGUCACGGUCAAAGUGGUCACGUUACUGGAGGAUCCUUUUGUCAUGGUGGCGGAGAACAUCCUCGGGCAGCCGAAGAGAUAUAAAGGCUUCUCCAUCGACGUCCUGGACGCCCUCGCCAAGAUCCUGGGCUUCAAAUACGAGAUCUACCAGGUAGCGGACAGUAAAUAUGGAAGUCGGCUUCCCAACGGCUCGUGGAACGGCAUGAUUGGCGAUCUAAUCAACAAGAGAGCGGACCUGGCGGUGUCCGCCAUCACCAUCACGCCAGAACGGGAGAACGUGGUCGAUUUCAGCAAGCGCUACCUCGACUACAGCGUCGGCAUCCUACUCCGAAAGCCCGAAGAGAAGAUCAACAUCUUCUCUCUGUUCGCGCCCUUCGACCUCGCCGUCUGGGCCUGCAUCGCCGCCGCAAUCCCCGUGGUGGGAGUGCUCAUAUUCCUCCUCAACAGACUGCAGGCGCUGCGCUCCUCGUCCCAGAAUGCACCUCCCGGUCAGCCGGCUAACGGAGCGGGGUCGGGCACCCUGCACAGCGCCAUCUGGAUCGUUUACGGAGCGUUCGUGCAGCAAGGUGGGGACGGUGUGGUGGGAUCGGUCGCUCUGAGGAUCGUCAUGGGCAGCUGGUGGCUCUUCACGCUCAUAGUUUGUUCAUCGUACACCGCCAACCUGGCGGCGUACCUCACCGUGUCACGCAUGGAUCACGCUAUACGGUCUUUCCAGGACCUGGCGAGGCAGAUCGACGUGGACUACGGCACUGUGAGGGACUCGGCGGUCUACGACUACUUCAGGAACAAAGGCACCAACCCUCUGGAGCAGGACAGCACCUACUCAGAGCUGUGGAGGACCAUCAGCAAGAACAACGGCAUGGAUUACUCCGUGUCCAGCCCGUCAGAGGGAAUACGCAAGGCAAAGAAGGGUCCGUACGCCUUUCUCUGGGACAUGGCGGUGCUGGAGUACGUGGCCCUGACGGAUGACGACUGCACCGUCACCGUGUCGGGAAGCAGCAUGAGCAGUAAAGGCUACGGCAUCGCCAUGCAGCACGGCAGCCCCUACAGAGACCUCUUCUCACAGAAGAUCUUGGAGCUGCAGGAGAAAGGCGACCUGGACAUCAUGAAGCAGAAGUGGUGGCCCCGCGCCGGCCGCUGCGACCUCAGCAGCCACGCCAGCGCCCACCCCGAUGGCCGCUCCCUCAAGCUGCACAGCUUCGCCGGCAUCUUCUGCAUCCUGGCCGCGGGCCUGCUGCUGGCCUGCCUGGUGGCUGGGCUGGAGGCUUGGUGGAACAGCAACCACUGCCGCCAGGAGCAGCCCAAAGAGGACAAGGAGGUGAAUCUGGAACAGGUGCAUCGUCGUAUGAACAGUCUUUUGGACGAGGACUUGGCCCACAAGCAGAUCCCCGGCCCCUCUAUCGAGAUCUCUGCGCUGGACAUCGGCAGCAUGCAGCCCAGCCAGGCCUCUCUGGUCCCGGGCCCGGAGUCCAGGCGGGACUACCCGCCCUCGGGCCUCGCUGUGACCACCUUCCUCCCCGGGGAGGGGGGACCACCUCCUCCUCUUCCCCAUCCUCACCAUGGGGGGACCCUAGGCAGGACGCUACCCCCAUCCCAGGGCCCUGGCAGCAGCACGUUGCCCCCGCACCACCCGCUCAGCAGCACCAGCCUCAGCGGCACCAUGCAGUGCAAACACAGGGCACCCAACGGGGGGCUCUUCCGGCAGAGCCCUGGCAAGACACCCAUGCCAAUGUCCUACCAGGCAGUCUCCGCAGGACCCAUACCCGAAGCCAUUGAGGCCACCCACAGUACAUCGAUAUAAGAUCGGAGGGGUAAAAGGGGGCGGUGGGUGGGAGGGAGGCUGCUCUCUGGACCUAGGUCCAGGUUCGGAUGCGAGGCGGGUUGGGGAACCCUAGAGGAAAAUUAUUAUAGAGGAAAAAAACAUAUAUGUACAAAGUAAAAAGAUUUUGUAUCUCACUAUCUGUUCAGAAACACACACACGAAAAAUCUAACAAAAAACAACAAAAAGCGGGCGGCGGGCUGGAGGGUGUAAUUUUUCUCGUGUACAUAUCUGUAAAUACCAAGAGAACGAAGUGAGGUUAAAGUGUAUUUUGAAUAUUCUCAAUUUUUGAAGUUGAGUUAUAAAAACAAACAAAAUGAGAUAAAAAAAAUAUAAACAUUGAUGAAAAAGUUAUGACUGUUUGAAUGGCUUUGUAAAUUUUGUUCAAUUAAACAAUGACGCGAAAUUCAUUGUGAUUGUUUUCUAAGUGCCGAAAUUAAACGAUGUCUUUCCACAACUCAUUGAUGUAAACGACUACCCAUGAUGCACCGCUGUAGGGACAUUUUUAGUGGUGGACACCUACUGUUAUGCACCUCUGUACCAACCCUAUAUAUAUCUUCAGCAUCGGACGAAAAAAAAUCACUCUUUGUUUUUUCCCCAUUUGUAUUAAAUAUAUAAUAUACAUAGUUUUUUCCAAGCAAAAGUCUACAUUCUUUUCUUACGUUGACUGUAAAUGAUGUUCAUUCAAACACUGAGGGGAACAAGCGGAUUUUUAUUGGGUUCAUAUUUUACACACAGCUCAAUGGUUUGUUUUUAUAGCGAGUUUUUAUUUGGCGUCAGUACUGUCCAGGUGAGAGUCUGUUUGUGACGAGCAAAUGAGCGAAGAAGAGUACGUACGGCUGCGAGCGCACCGACCGCUGUCUUUAGGUCAAACGAUGAUGCAGUCAUGCAAGCCUGGCCUCUUUGUGGAACACGACAGGGUGUAGAACCGCGGCUCCCUACCCACGCGGUACAGGUCUUAGUCUUAAAGUCAAAUAUCAUAUUUUUGAACUGUAAAUGCAGUCGCACGUUCGACGUGAUGAAAUCCAACAGUUUCUGUAGUCCCGUUUAACCACUUACUACAAAAACCUUUUCUGGGUCACGUUAAAGCUUCAAAAUUACGAGAAUUGCUUCUGUAUUUUAAGCUGUGGAAAGAAAUGAACAUGUUUAGGGUUGGAUGAACCACAGACCUUUAGACAUCAAACAGAAACCAACCCGACUUCGAGAUGAGGAAAUCAGGAACACAAAAACACUUGUUCUGGGUUUCAGAGAGAUGCUUGCACCUUCUAAAUGAUGAAUAGUUUUAGAGUUCGUCUUCUUCAUCGCACCACCAGCAAACCAGUGAAAAUCAGUUACAGUCUUUUUCUAUGAAACUCUGUCCAGAUGCUUUUAGACUAAUGAAAAGUUGGCACCAAUUUAAAACAAGUACUGGCAUGCUUCCCAACUCUGAGACAGACCCUCUUGUUAGCCAAAUAUAUACAAAAAACCAGAAACGGUCCAGAGUAUCAGCCAGCCUGGUAGUCAUUUUAUUUGAUAUUUUUGAGCUUCUGUUUGUAUUUGAAGGAAGUGUCAGAUUCAAAUUGGUGCCAGAACGAUUGAUGGUUAUUAAUUUAUUCAAAAAACUUCGACAACAGUCGAAAUCUGAAAGUCUGAAAUUACAGACCUGAAACACAAGAAAAGUUGUGACAGAUCAAACGUAUUCGCCUUUCCAUCCUUACUCUUACUAACCGCUCCCACAGAGUUCCUAAAGGAGGGCCGACACUUUUGUUUUCAGGCAGUCGUAAUGCUUCGCUUGUGGCCAAAUAUCGAAGCUCGGCCGAGUUCCAACAGCGGUCGGUGUGAACGCAGCCUUAACCUUAAGAAAAAAUAUAAAGGUACUAAAUAUAUAUGUCUUUAAUUUUUAUACUCGAGAAUUUUACGUCACGCUCUCGUACGCAAGUUUCUUCUUGCAAAGCAGUGCAGUUAUUCUAACGAGGAGUGAGAGAGUGACUCAGAGAGGCAUCGUAUUUCCACAAGUCAUUCCUAAUGAGAUCCAUUAUCACCUGCAGGGAUGACAGAGGGCGUCAUUACCCAAAGUGCAGACAGAGGCUCAUGAUGAUGGCCGUUCUGCAGGUGCCAUACCUCAACUGCUUGUAAAACAGAGGGAAGUUAAAUAUAUUUGCUAAACACUGGAUAGUAUUUUCUCUAUAGGAUACUGUGAGAGGAACAUUUAUGGUAAAAGUAUUUAACAACAGAAAUAUAUAAAACGACCAUAUCACCCCCACCUUUUUGCUUUUACAAGCACGGUUAACGUGCAUCUAUGGGCCUAAUGACUGUCGACUUCAUUUACAUUAGCCUGACGCUGGCUGUUCGGAUCUAUGUUGAUCACACACAGUUUUCAGGACAUUAGCAGCAAAACGCAGACCCGCUCAUCUUUCCAUUUAUAGAACGUGUACGUGGGCAGAGGAAACUGAGGAACCUUAACUUGUCAGAAUGAAGAGCUUUAGUUCCAAAACUGUAGAUUGGACAUCGAAUCUUGUGUUGUUGGUAGGUUUGUGGUUGUUGGACAGGCGGCAGAUUAACUCGUUCAUUAAACUACAGACACAAGCGUUCUGUGGAGGUUUUACUGUCCGGUUCUGUCGCACAGCACUUCUUCCACACUGGGGAAACCCAGACUGAAAGAUUUUUAAGUGUCCAUAUCAUGUAUGUCCACUAUAUUCUUACAGACAGACAGUCAGACAGCAGAAAUACUGGAGCUGAAGCCUUCUAACAGCGAGUUGUUUUUGGGCAGUCCCUUAGAAAAGAUGACCAGGGGUGGGGAACUCCAGGCCUCGAGGGCCGG